AUGAAGAGGCAAAUUUGCAUUUUCCUCCACUUGGUUUUUUCAGUACUUUUAUCACCAAUUUUCAAACAGUUAGCGGAUGCCCAAGUGUUCGAGCUCAAUCUGCAAAACUUUGACCAGUUUACAAAGGACAAAGAUGUUAUGAUGGUGGAUUUUUUCGCACCCUGGUGCCAUCAUUGUCAAGAGCUCCAGCCAGAAUGGGAAAAAGCAGCAUCGGCUUUGGCAGUCAACAGAGAAUUCAUUUUAGGAAGGGCUGAUUGCAUUGGCAAUGGAAAAGAUCUCUGCGAUCGCUUUGGCGUUCAAAUGUAUCCGUCAAUAAAGCUAUUUCGUCAUGGCGUCUUUCAGGAGGAUUACAAUGGGGACAGAAAUGCAGAUGCAAUAAUCAAAUACUUACAACAAGCACAAUCACAAGUAGCUGCUCCUCAGCCUGAUGGUGGUUGGGCACCAGGCAAUGACCCUUGGCAGACAGGAGCGAGCUUUCAGUAUGCGUACCCAAUGACAACUCCGCCUAUGAACCCUACUUUACAAGCAGCAAGACCGUUUGAAGCCGCCGCCCCAGUCAGACCAUUUGCAACACCGGUCGCCAACCAGUGGGCGCCUGUCGCCAUGAGGGCAGAACCGCAAGCACCACCUGGCCCACCUGCAAUGCCACCAGCUAAUGGUCGGCAUCAGAAUUUAAACGGCAGCAUUUCUGAGCUGGGCAAAGACAUGCAAAGUUGGGUUAGUAUGCUAGAGUCGCUGCUGGACAAACAAAGAACAACAACUUCAUCUAUCACCAGUGUACCCAGGGAGGAGCUGCAGCAACGGGACAAUACUGCUGCUAUGGAGCCUCCGCAGCAAAUGUCAUUCGGUUCUAGACUACAAGAAACAAGCGAUCCAAAGAUUCAGAACUUAUUUAAUCAGUACCCACAAAUCAGUGAAACGUUCAAGCCUGUUGAGCAAUUCUUGGCUAAUUUCACAAAACUUCAGACAUCUACUAAUGCCCCAAAUUCCUGGAGUAACUAUCAGUAUCAGACAAACCCAGUGUUUCCAUAUCAGCAGGACACGACAGGAAUUCAGGAGGACACCAGGCAAAAUGGCACCCCGCAAACCACUAUUUUGCAAGACAAUGUUCCUAAAGCACUCCAGCCGAACCAGUUCAAUAGUUUUAACAGUGAUGCUAGAGAAACCGUACAGAAUAAUAAUAAAGUCACAGAGAACCAGCAAGAUUAUCAAGGCAUGAGAAGUGGUUCAACUGGAGACAACCCAACAGGAGCCCCAUAUCCAGGAUUCUACUGGAGCCCUACUCAAACGUAUCAGUCUGAUUGGAGGAAUCGUCAGUUCGCGCCAUCAGUUCCAAGUCAAAAGAGCCUCGAUAUGCGAGAAGACGUCAAGACAACAGGAAAGCCAAUUCGAGCAUGGCCUACUCCAAAGCCAUUCAAUUACAAUAUGGAAUUGCUGAGGAUGUACCAAGAGCGUGCUCUGGAAAAACAGCUUCUGCAAAAUGAGAUGCUUAAUAGAAAACCCGCGAUUCAACAGGCCGACCCGUUGUCAAAGCAAGCCAGUUCAGUUAAAGGAUUCAACACAAAAAAUCCUGUUGCCUAUGACCAUUUCCCUGCAAUUAAGAUUUCUCCAUUUUCAGGGAAUACAAAGAAACAAGAUUCGCGUGUGCACCCAUGGCCAUUUGCUCUUAAGAUUAAGGUCAUACCUCCCGAUGGCGGCAACUAUAUAAUGCGCAUAAAAGGACCCCUUGACAGCCUUGCUGGGUCAGCAUCCAAAGACAGCGCCGCAGAAGGGCGCUCUAAAGGACUUCCAAAGAGCAGCAUACACCAGGUGGUAGCAGGCAAUAUGAAUGCAAAAUAUAUAACACCAAUCAACAGAAACUACCAGUUUCAAGCAAAAACGGAGCAAGCGAAUAAUCCGAUUGUCUAUCUGAAAGUUCCAAGAAAUCACCAAAAGUUUAUUGAGCUAACCACUUCAUUCCCAAAUAAUGAAGAAAAAUUAAGCACUGCUGCCAUUGGUCAAACAAAGGACAAAGUUGUUUCAAUGAAACUGCCAUUCAACGUUUCCCUUGCCACUGUCUUGAAAAACAUAUAUGAGAACAUGUUUGCUAAUUACUUGAAUAAAAAACCAUCUGAAGUAAUGAAAGAAGAAAUAGGGAAAGAGAUUAGAAACAAUGCUGUGAGUUCAUCUGCAGCCAAGUGGCCGAGUCAGAAAACGUAUCCUAAUUUUGGAAACAGAGGGACUGCGAUGUUUCGAGGACAAACACCUCAACAAUCAAUAAAAUCAUUCUUCAGGAUGCAGAAAAAUAUCCUGGGAUUGCCAUCUCUGAGCCAGCAGGUUUCGAAUUUAAAGCCGUUUAAUGGUGCUAAAAAGGAUGGAACACCUUUUAAUCAACGCGGAAAUGUAGGCUCAAACUUUGAAAAGUUAAAGGCUCUCGAAAGUGCACGAGGCUAUGCAAAAAGCAUUUCGUUUAUGAAAGCAAAGAAUAACCCUGCUAUGCAGUACAAAGUCAAAAGUAGCAUGAUGACUAGGGACAAUCUAUAUCAAAUACCAAGUAAAGGGAAUAAUCAGCCUCUUAGCAGAUUUGAUUGGAAAAGAGUCUACGAAAAGCUGAAGAACGUCACGAAUAGAAAUCAAAUCAAAUUGCCAAAACCAAAUCAAGCAAUCAAUAGCAUACAAUACCGAAAUUCUUAUCCCAAAAAAGACACAGCGAAAAAAGACAGUGAUUUCCCAGAAUCAAUAAAAGUCAGGUUGUACCCUGGUUCUGGAUUCGAUAUAAAGAAAUUUGCAAAAAAAUUUACCUCAAACAACAACCAAGGCACUAUGCAAGGAAAAGCUACCAAACAAAGCUACUUUGCUCAACUUGAAAUAAACAGGCCUAUUACAGGUACCAAAUUAACAGAUGCCAAAGGUAGCCCUGUUGCAAGUAAAAGACAUAACACCUGGAAAGCAACGCCUGGAUUUGAACAACUUUUGAAAGCACAAAUUCAGCGGAAAAAGCAUGUGCCGCAAGUUGUUCCCUAUCAGAAGAUGGUUUCUCCACUGACAUCACUUUCUAAUGUUCUGCUAUAUCAGCAACGGCCACCUAGUCUUCUUCAGCGACAAAUGACCAGGCAGUUUUCACAUCAGCAGGUUGCUAAAGAACUUGGCCAUCGUGUAGGACUGCCGAUCUACAGGGAUCGAUCUGAUAUCAUAAAAUUUGGUCAGAUGAAAGUACCGUACCACUAUUUGAAGAAUCCGAUUUCGAUUGGACCAAAACUGAAACUAGUGCCCGUAAUAUCUAUAGGAGACGACAGCAAAUCAACAAAGCUGAAAUCUGAUACAGCAAUCAUUACCCAACAGCAAAAAGGAAAUAUGAAUGUAGAAAGACGAUUUCCUCUGAUCUCACUCCAGGCUCCAUCGCAGAAGAAAAAAGUAUUGAAUUAUGCAAGUCAAAUUCAGAUGCUACGAGAAUUGCAAAACAGUCGAGAACGAAAAACUUUACAAACAGUUUUAAACCCGGUAAAUCAGGCACCAAUUAAUUUCAGAGACUAUGAAAAAUUCAAAUUAUACUCUGGAACACUUCCCAAAAACAAAAUUUCAGCCAACCUUCCUAGGGCAUAUACUCCGGGGAGCCAGCUGGGUAGGGGACCGCCCCUGAUUGAUCGCCUGAUUCAUGGAUUGCCUAAAAUAGCACCAAAGAGCCCCAAAGUAAAGGAAAAGCUUGAUACUGAGGUAUCUAAAAACAAAAAUGGAAAGUAUGAAAAGGAAUCUGGAAAAAGUGGGCAGGCACAGAAGGAGGCAGUUGUGGGUGUGUAUCCAAUGAGUAUAGUUAGCAAACAAACAGGGAAUACAGUUAAUAGCGGUCCGAUAUUUUUAACAGAGAAGGCUCAAACGAGGUCAACUUUGGUGCCUUUAAACACUGUUGAAGAUAAGGAGAAGAUUAAAGAAUCAUCCAGAAUAUUAACACAGUUCCUCAAAGAAACAGCACCAAUCGAUUCAGAAAAUUGGGUUAAAACGAAUUCUGGCAUUCCACCAAGCAACCAAGUAGAAGACUCGGAGAUUGUUUCAAGAAGUACAAUUCCCAGAUCAAACGGCAACAUGUUAUCAGAUGAUGACAUCGUCAAGAAAAGAAAACAUUUCUUAAACAACAGACUCGUUCGAUUGAAACGAAAAGGAAACGAGGGAUGGACACAAGCAGUUAAAAGCCGAACAUUGCAAAGGUCGAAAAGAUUGCGAUAAUUUUCAACCAAAGAGUUUCAUUGCAGCUCUGCAACUAGAUCAAAAGAUCUGCCUAACACCUUAAUAGAGUAAUUGUAUAAUAUUGCUGUUUUAACACGUUGAUAACAUAAUUUUAUCGACGUAGAACAGCCGUUUAAACUGCAUUAACAAAUUCAAUAUGAUAGUAGGACAUAUCAAAAGGUAUCCCUGUUUAAAAAAGAUUCAAUCCACUUGACAUCGAAACAAAAUGAUUCAUAACUACAGUAUCAUCAUCUACCUAACCAACUGCCUAGAACAAAGCAUCUCUGACUAAUUUUGGCUAGACCAGUUUCAUUAGAGACUAAGCCAGUUAAAUGUGUUUUAUCAACAAGGUUUUGUUUUCUCAAAGUCGUUUUGAGCUUUAAUUUGAGUUUUAAGCUCAAGUUUGCAAUCAUGAGUUUUCUCAAAAUAAAAAUGAUUACAAUCUAGUAGAUGAAAAGGCUUGUUGAAGGUCAAAUCUGAAAAUAUUCGGUCACGGAUUAAUCAUUAUUUAAGCAUAAUUAAUUUGGACUAAUUUGCCAUAGAUUCGUAAUAUGUCAGGAAAAAGUUAUUUUAUGAAGCCAUUAUACGUGUGUUGUAAUGUAAAUAUAAAUGGUACAUUGUUUAUUUGCAAAAUGAUUCAUCUUUUUUUCUCCAAAUGUCUCUCAAAACUGAACAGUUAUGUUUUAAAUGUUUGAAUAAACCAGCAAGAAUAGUAAAGUCAACAUCACCGCUUUUUCUAAUGAUUGAUUUUGUAUUAUAUCACUAAUUUGCUAACUCGGGACAGAAGUCAUGAUGCAAGUUGUAAGGUCAAAUGCUCUCUCGGAAAAACAUGCAAUAGAUUUCAGAAGGUCAGUCGUGAGUCUUCGUUCCCUCAUUAACGAGAACGAGUUUGGCCGUUGGUGCAUCGGUUACCAAGAGAAGUUGCGUAAAAACCAAAACAUAAAUCAUAUCUGAAGGAAAUGGACAAGUAUAGUACCUUUUGCCCAAUAUGGCCCAAUAUAAGAAAGCACCAAAACGUCAAAAAUGUAAAAGAUUACUAAAGGUAUGAUAUGUUUUCAUGAUGCUGGAAAAAAGACUAAUAUUGUUGAGGUAAUGUCGAAAAGAACAUUUUCGUAAAAGGAAGCAAAAUGAGGGUGGGUGGAAUGGCAAAAAGCGAACAGCACUCUUGCAAUAAGGCUUCACCAAGCAAUAGUGAAAAUGAGGAAUAGAAGGGGUACAAGAAAUGAGCCUUAGGGUACACCAACAUUAAUUUCCAUAAUUGGUGAACCAACACCGUUUCCCCUAAAAUAUUGCUUCCGGUUGUAAAGAUAUGAUUUGAAUGAAAUGAUAUGAAAAUGAAUAAAGAUAUGAUGUGAAUAAAGAUAUGAAAACUGACUUCCCAAUGUCAAUAAUAACAUAUCCCACUAGCUACUCGAAAGCCAGUCCUUUAUACCAGUCAUCAGUGUUUUUAAGCAAACAUGUUGCUUUAAAAUGAAGUUUAAGAAAACCAGACUGCUCUGGGGAGAAACAUCCAUUAUAAUUUGUGUGCUGGUACAAUUGGUUGGUCAUAAGUCUUUCAAAAAGCCUUUAGAUGACAGGUAAAAUUGAUAUACGGUGAUUGUUGGAUGAUAGUCAGUUUUGUCUCCUUCUUUUAAAAUUUGGGUAACUCUGACCAAUUUCCAUGGGUCUGGAAAAAUGUUAGUUUUAAGUCAUGUAUUGAAGAAACAGGCCAAAGCGUUCUCAAUGAGUGGUAAGGCCAGUUUUGGGAAAUAGCAGGAGUUAUUGUCAUUCCCAAAGCUCUUUGAAGACCUAGUUUUGAAAAUCCCAUUCCUAAUUUCCUGAAAUUCUAUAAUCCUAAACUUAAACUUGACAUUGUUGUUAGUACUAUCAAAGUUCCUAGAUAGGAGAGAGUUAGGAACAGUUUUGGUCUAUGUUUUCACCAACUGUACAGAAAAAACCAUCCUACAUCAACCAAGGGAGUAAAAAUGCUUUAAAGCUCUGCAACUUCAACCUCAAAACCACAGAUGGACAAAAGACUCUACUGCAUUGAG